UAUCGUCCAAUCAGAUUCCCAGCUCGCGCAUACCGCCAUCCUCAGCUUUGAUGUCUGUGUGAUUGGAGUUUCUUUCGAUAUCGCUGUUGCCAAACGGGUCGUACACUGGAGCAACCAUGGUGAAGAUAUUCAUCGGUAACCUCUCUCCAGAAACGACGAGAGAGGACAUUGAAGAGCUCUUUGUCAAGUACGGCAUAGUAACGGAAUGCGCGAAGUACAAAAACUACGCGUUCGUCCACAUGGACGACCGCAAGUCAGCCACCAAAGCUAUCCGUGAGCUCCAUCUGCACAAGCUGAACGGCAGGCCCAUCAAUGUGGAGCCCAGCAGAGGGAAGAACCAGGGUCCCGUCAAACUCCACAUUGCCAACGUUGAAAAAGGCUUUGAUAAAGAGCUGCGGGACCUGUUUGAGGAGUACGGCACAGUCACGGAGUGCUCCAUUGUCAAGAACUUUGCAUUUGUUCACAUGCCUCAUUAUGAUGAGGCCAUGGAUGCCCUGGAGGGCCUGGACAACUUGGAGUUUCAGGGAAAGCGUAUUCAUGUUCAGGUAUCAAAAAGCAGACCCAGAGGGGGUCCUGAGGAGGAGGAGGAGGAAUAUCCACCCCCAUCCCCACCAGUUAGAGGAGGCUACUAUCCUCCAUAUUACCCAAUGCCAAGGCCUGAGCCCCCCUACAGAGGGCGCCUUUCUGCUUAUCCCCCUCCUCCUCCUCCUCCCCUACCGCCACCUCCUCCCAUGAGACGAGCAGCGUACCCCGACCGUGGUUACAGUGACAGAGCGUCCUACGGGUCGGUGGAUUACUAUGAGAAGUACAGGGCCCGUCCUUUUACCGCGGCGGCGAGCUACGACGAUAGGCGUGCCAUACCGCCUCCUCCGCCUCCUUCAUCGGCUCUGGUUAGAGAGCGCCUUGGGGUGGCGCCGUCAAUCGACCCAUAUGAGCGCCGCGCCCUCCCGACCCCUGCUGCUUACGCCGCAAGGGACCGGAGCCCGAUCAGGAGAAUCCCCCCUCCACCUGCCCCGGCGGCUGGGAAUGGGUAUUCCUACGAGCGCUCUCGACUCUCGCCGAUGUCCAGGGCUCCAUUGUACGCGCCUCCCCGUACCAGGGACCCCUAUGCUGGGAGAGUUCCUCCCCCACUGCCGCCUCGCUACCCAGGCUAUUAGAGGGCCAUAGAGUUACGCAAGGUUUUUAGAAUAUGACAAGAUCGUCGUCUGCUGACGCACGUGGCGCUAUACACCCAGCACGUCGUUGCGUUCGCCUGAGGCUUACAGGAAGAUAUUGCGGACGGCCUCUUAUUUAAAAAAAAUACAACUCCAUCUCUGCGUUUCUUUUUCCUGAGCUGUUCAUGACCUUUUGUGUUCCUCAAAUUGUUUUCUUCGAUAUUCUGAAAGUUUUCAGUAGGACAGCUUUUGAGAGUGUAUGGAGUGUGACGCAUUAAUCUAUAGUUGAUGACCGAAAACCAUUCUCUGUUCCAAUCUUUUAUAAUAGUCUCUGGGGAAACUUGUUAUAUUUUCAUAACAAGGGGUUGCCUUUACAUUACGAUCUGUGGUGUUUCCCAGCAAAACUAGUUUUACUAUUAGCUUAUUGGUUGAUUUAGAAAAUGUUCAGUAAUUUAAAAUCAGUUAAGGAGUGCUUGAAUAUAAUACAGAGUGUAGACGGUCGUUCAAAAAUCGUAGAAAGUUGCGACACUUGUUGAAACGACCUCAAAACAUUCAGUGUGAUUUACUUUUUUUCUUUUUACACUUUGUUAAAUUUUCUUGCGGAAGUAUAAUCCGUAGGCCCGUUCUCUGUGAACUGUAUUUACUUUUCAGGGUGCUUUUAAUAAACGAAUGAAAACAAAGUCAGUAUUUAACUGUGAAAUUAUUCCUGGUUGUGGUUGGUAGGCAGCUGAAACUAGGCGUGGAACUGCUUUCACUUUUAUUCUUUAUACUGAGCUUGCUAUUUGACUUUUUUUUUGUUUCCCCCAGCGCUCCACAUUGUGUAAGCCUCAAUUAAAAGUUAGAAAAAGGUUUGAAAUUGUCCGGUUUUGCUGAACUAAUUGGUGCAACGUUUAAUAUGAGGAUGGAGAAGUUUCUCAGCCAUUUGCUUGUAUUCAAAAGCGAAAAAUCAAGUCUGGUUUAUCUCGGUCGAACCUCUCUUAGCGCACCGGUUGCAGCAUCCAACUCUUCCCACUUUACCUGCUAGGCAUUGAAUCAUUUUAGGGGUGGCCUUCUAAUCUACCAUUAUUCUCUUUCCUCAUUUCAUUAAAUGCCUCCUUUCCACCAGUCCCCCUCUCCGUUACUCUUUUUGAGCCUGAACAUCUCGUAACUACAUAACCAGAUAGCUUGCACCUUUGGUAUUCUUGGUGUCUGUGCUCUUUGUAGGUGCUUAAACCAUCUGCAGGAGAAGCUAGCCCCGGGUGAGUCAUCCCUGAUGCCAAGCAGGAGGACUUGGAUUUGUCUGUUUACUGAUUGGAAAAAUGGUUCCAAGAUAACUGACAGUCAAAGAAAAUAUGAGAUUGGUCAAUAUUCUGAGAUCACAUAGCUCUUCCCACAUGGUGGCGCUGUAGAGCUUUGGUAGUGUCUCCUCACAUGGCAGGCCAUUAAGAGGAGAAUUGCUCAUCCUGUGGGAGUUUGGUCCAUGUGGAAGGGAAUUUCCCCAAGUUUCCAGAAAACCUGCAUCGGCUAUUCGCAAAAUGAUGAGUUCAGGGACAGGUUGUGGAAGACAAGCUUUUUAAUCUCUUGUGACAUCAUACUGUAAAGAAAAAUCAUGGUUCACACUUUGUAUCAAAGAUUCCUACUGUCUGAAUUUUCUUAGCUUUUUGUUGUCUGUUAAUUACUGAAAAUUGUAUUUCUAUAAUAAUAGAAAUCAACACUUGUGUUUGUAUUAACAUCUUGUUAAAACUUCACAACUUGCUCAUUUAAAAUGUGAUUACCAGUGUAAAAGGUUUAGCCUUGUAUUCCAAUGUUAACAUAAACUGUUUCCUCACCCACUUUGAAUUGUAACAGAUUCCAUUAAAUUUGUUUUGGUUAA